UGGGCUGAGGUCCACACACCUCUCCUGUGUGAGGAGAAGCAGGACAGCCCCUUGCAGCCCCACCCCAAAGCCUAACGGUCCCUUGGAUGGAGAUGGUUGAGCCAGGACGUAGCACAAUCAAUCUGUUGAACGAAUGACCAAAUGAAACUCAGACCCUGUCCCAAGAGCGGAUGGGUGGCGACGGAGAGAAGGAGCAGGCCUCGGGACCUUUUAUAGGAUGGGGAGCCUAGAAGCCUGUCUUUUCCCUGCUCUCUGCCCACCCUUCAGGGGCCCCUCUGGAGGUAGGGGCUGGAGGCCAGGGCCCAGUGAUGUGAGACGGCUCCCAUGAAGCUCCCUGGGGCUAUUACCACCACUCAUUAAGCAGUAGUGGCUGCAUCGUGAGGAGCAGGAUCCAGAAUGAAGGACUGAGGGAUUCUGUCUCUCCUGGGCUGCUUGGACCCAUCAGGGGUAUUGGUGACGCCUGAGUCCAUGUAUGCGUAAGAUCAGAGUUGGUGGAGGAGAGGGGAAGUGAGUCUCGGGAAAUGGCUACAGAGUGGGGUGAGCAGCCUUGGGGAGUGCCAACGGGAGGGACACUGGAUAAAAAGCCUGGGCCCCCAAGUCAAGAUCCCAGUGUGGGGGCAUCCUCGACUUUCACCCCCAGGGAGGUAACCUUCUGAACAGACUGUUGGGCAAAGACUGGUCAGCUCCCCAGAUGCGUGCCAAUAGAAUCCAGGCUCCUGCCCCCGGCUGAGGCUCUAUCUCUGGACAUCUGGUGCCCAUGUGCUUCCGGACACUCAUCUGGAGCCCAGCUGAGCCUCGCCAGGGGCAGGUACUCAAAUGGGAGCCCAUCCUUCCAACUGUUGACAGCCCCGGGAUAGAAGAGAUAUUGUAGGGACAUGAGCCAAAUGUGUAAUGGCAGCCCUUGGGAUACCUGGCCCUGCUGUGUGGCCUUGAGCAGACCUCUGUCCGUCUCUGGGCCUCUGGGUAGGAUCUUCAUUGUCCAAGGUCAGCUCUAAGCCUCUUGGGAAAAGGACAAAGAUCUCUGCUUCUAUCCAGAGACAGCCGGCUGCUUAUCUGGGUCCACACAGCAAGGCAGGCUAGGCUCAGAACGGGGCUGAGAGGCAGCCCAGCCUGCCAGAGCUCUCUGGCAUCAAGAAACCGUUUUCCUAAGUUGGCACGGAGCCCUGGGGCUCUCCUGGGAUGAGAGCAGCGGCUCCUCUCCACCCCCAGUUCCCCUCUUCCACCCCCACCCCCGGCCCCAGCCCCACCCUACCAAAAAUAAACCCAGUCACCCCAUCUUGUACCAGCCAGACCCACCCAGCCCCUCCAGAGCCAGUUGAGUCACUGCUCAAAGCUGCUCCUUUUUUUAACUGUCUGAGUCACCCGCUGUGGCUGUAGCUGCAUGACACAUGCCCCAGGCUGUAGCCAUCCCACAGCCCCCAACGGCACAACCAAGGGAGGGGAGGGGUCUGAAUAGAGGCUGGCAGCAGGUGUGAGCCCAGGCCAUAGCCUCAGCCUGUAACUCCUCCAGGCCCGGGGAAUUCACCUCCUAGCAAGUCAGAGCCCAGACCUGUCCCCAGCAGUCCUGGAAUUGCCCUGCCCGCUCUGUCCAGGACAGUCCUUCCACGAUCUUGGUGACAAAGCCCGUGUGCAUCAGCUCUGCCCCCACAGCUUUGCUUUGCCUCCAAACGGACCUGGGCCUCCCAGCAUUAGAUUGCCGGGAACAGAGGGUCUCCAGGUCCUGGGGGUGGGAGGAGGAUGCAAGGCCUGGCCUUCUUGGGUACAGGCCACAGAGAUGCCUAAUUCUUGCCCUUUCUCACCUGGAUCCAACUGACCAGUCUGCCCAGAGCACUGUGAAGACUUUCUGUGGGACGGAACCCCCCACUUCAGAUCUCCCCUUGCUUCCUCUAUCUCCCCUCUAUUCAGGGCAUCCGCUGGGCUGCAGAUCUCUCUCCGCGGACCCCUGCCUGUCUCUGUGUCCUCACCAAGGCUGUCUCUCCAUCUCUCUCUCCCCAUCCCUGCGUCUCUCUCUCUGGCUGCCCUGUUCUCUUUCCUUUACCCAGUGCGCUGGCAGGCGGCACCCGCACCCCCAGAGGUCCUUCUCUGCCUCCUGUGCCUUGCAGACAUGUAACACACCCUCACCUCCACCCAUUCCCACAAAGGACUCUGGGCCCCAGGGACCGAUUCUGAGAGAAAAUUUCCAUCCUCCUCACCCAAGUCCGCUCCUUCCCCUGCCCCAAAGAGCAGGCUACAUCCUGUCCCAGGGAAUGUCAGGAUCCCACAGGCACUGCCUUGGGGGCUGAGAAAGGGGGGCAGGGGGCCUGGGAACGGCUCCACCCCCAGCGCCUGCCUGAGCGGGAGCUGCGCAGCCUCAGACCCCAUCCGUCUCCUGUCUGUGGCUGUGGCCUCCAGCUAUAAAUAGGUGUUCUGAUUCUAUUUUCUUUAAAAACAAGCACCAGACUGUCACCACAGGCCCAGAAAAGCUCUCCCUGGAUGGGGCAGUGCCCCACUCCACCCCAGCCAUUGUGUCCAGCCUCACCCCACCCCCGGCUGCAGGCACCGGGGCCCUGCAGGGCAGAGGAGGACUGAAAGAAGCUUGGAGCCUCCUUCUUCGGAGAGAACCACCUGGAGGUUCCUGUGGCCAUGUCUCUGACUGACAUAGACCUACAGCUGGAGUUUUCUACGUCCCAGCCCGAAGCCCUGCUUCUCCUGGCGGCAGGCCCGGCUGACUACCUCCUCCUGCAGCUCCACUCUGGACGCCUGCAGGUCAGAUUUAUCCUGGGCCAGGAGGAGGUGAGGAUGCAGACCCUGGCAGAGACACUGCUGAGCGACUCCAUUCCCCACACUGUGGGGCUGACCGUGUCAGACAGCUGGGCCUUGUUGUCAGUCGAUGGGCUCCUGAAUGCCUCCGCCCAAGUCCAGCAGGCCCCCCUGGAGGUCCCCUAUGGGCUCUUCCUGGGGGGCACCGGGAGCCUUGGCCUGCCCUACCUGAGCAGAGCCAGCCGACCCCUGCGGGGUUGCCUCCACACAGCCACCCUCAAUGGCCGCAACCUCCUUCGGCCACUGACCCCAGACGUGCCUGAGGGCUGUGCUGAGGAGUUCUCUGCCGGUGAUGACGUGGCCAUGGGCUUCUCUGGGCCCCACUCACUGGCUGCCUUCCCUGCCUGGGGCACUCGGGACGAAGGCACCCUGGAGUUUACACUCACCACACGGAGCCGGCAGGCGCCCCUGGCCUUCCAGGCAGGGGGCCGGCAUGAGGACUUCAUCUAUGUGGACAUAUUUGAGGGCCACCUGCGGGCUGUGGUGGAGAAGGGCCAGGGCACCGUAUUGCUCCACAACAGUGUGCCUGUGGCCGAUGGGCAGCCCCACGAGGUUAGCGUCCACGUGGAUGCUCACAGGCUGGAAAUCUCCGUGGACCAGUACCCCACACGAACUUCCAACCGUGGGGUCCUUAGCUACCUAGAGCCACGAGGCAGUCUCCUCCUUGGAGGGCUGGAUGCAGAGGGCUCUCGCCAUCUCCAGGAACACCGCCUGGGCCUGGCUGUCAACGUCUCCCUGCUGGGCUGCCUGGAGGAUCUCAGCAUCAAUGGUCAGAGACGGGGGCUCCGGGAAGCCUUGCUGACUCGCAGCAUGGAGGCUGGCUGCAGGCUGGAGGAGGAGGAGGAGGAUGCCUACGGCCCAUACGAAGCUUUCUCCACCCUGGCACCUGAGGCUUGGCCGGCCAUGGAGCUGCCUGAGCCCUGCGCCCCUGAACCAGGGCUGCCUCCGAUCUUUGCCAAUUUCACCCAGCUGCUGACCGUCCGCCCACUGGUGGUGGCCGAGGGCGGCACAGCCUGGCUGGAGUGGCGGCACGUGCAGCCCACGCUGGAUCUGAGCGAGGCCGAGCUGCGCAAAUCCCAGGUGCUGUUCAGCGUGAGCCGUGGGGCCCGCCACGGCGAGCUGGAGCUGGACAUCCCGGGUGCCCAGGCACGGAAAAUGUUCACCCUCCUGGACGUGGUGAACCGCAAGGCCCGCUUCGUCCACGAUGGCUCCGAGGACACCUCCGACCAGCUUGUGCUUGAGGUGUCGGUGACAGCUCGGGGGCCCGUGCCCUCCUGCCUUCGGAGGGGCCAAAGGUACAUCCUGCCCAUUCAGAUAAACCCCGUCAACGACCCGCCCCGCAUCAUCUUCCCGCAUGGCAGCCACAUGGUGAUCCUGGAACACACUCAGAAGCUGCUGGGGCCGGAGGUCUUCCAGGCCGAUGACCCAGACUCCGCCUGCGAGGGCCUCACCUUCCAGCUCCUCGGUGUCCCCGCCGGCCUCCCUGUGGAGCGCCAAGACCAGCCUGGGGAGCCAGCGACCGAGUUCUCCUGCCGGGAGCUGGAUGCGGGCAGCCUAGUGUACGUCCACCGCGGCGGGCCCGCCCCAGACCUGACGUUCCGGGUCAGCGACGGGCUGCAAGCCAGCCCCCCGGUCACGCUGAAGGUGGUGGCCGUCCGGCCGGCCAUUCAGGUCCGCCACAACACGGGGCUGCGCCUGGCCCAGGGUUCCACUGCACCUGUCUUGCCCUCCAACCUGUCGGUUGAGACAAAUGCUGUGGGGCAGGAUGUGAGCGUGCUGUUCCGACUCACCAGGGCCCUGCAGUUUGGGGAGCUGCAGAAGCAGGGGGCGGGCGGGGCGGAGGGCACCGAGUGGCGGGCCACACAGGCCUUCCACCAGCGGGACGUGGAGCAGGGCCGCGUGAGGUACCUGAGCACCGACCCGCAGCACCGGGCCGAGGACACCGUGGAGAACGUGGCCCUGGAGGUGCAGGUGGGCCAGGAGACCCUGAGCAAUCUGUCCUUCCCAGUGACAGUCCAGAGAGCCACGGUGUGGCUGCUGCGGCUGGAGCCUCUGCACCCCCAGAACGCCCAGCAGGAGGCCAUCACCACAGCCCACCUGGAAGCCACCCUGGAGGAGGCAGGCCCGAACCCCACCACCUUCCACUAUGAGGUGGUUCAGGCCCCCAGGAAGGGUAAUCUUCAGCUGCAGGGCCUGCGGCUGUCGGACGGUCAGAGCUUCACCCAGGAUGACCUGCAGGCUGGCCGGUUGACUUAUGGGGCCACAGCACGUGCCUCAGAGGCAGUCGAGGACUCCUUCCGUUUCCGGGUCACAGCCCCGCCACACUUCUCCCCACUGUACACCUUCCCCAUCCACAUCGGUGGUGAUCCGGACGCCCCUGUCCUCACCAACGUCCUCCUCUCCGUGCCUGAGGGUGGCGAGGGCGUCCUCUCUGCCGAUCACCUCUUUGUCAAGAGUCUCAACAGUGCCAGCUACCUCUAUGAGGUCAUGGAGCAGCCCCGCCACGGCAGGUUGGUGUGGCAGGGGGCACAGGACAGUGUCCCCGCGGUGACAUCCUUCACCAAUGAGGACCUGCUGCACGGCCGGCUGGUCUACCAGCAUGACGACUCUGAGACCACGGAAGAUGACAUCCCCUUUGUGGCUACCCGCCAGGGCGAGGGCAGUGGUGACGUGGCCUGGGAGGAGGUACGGGGUGUCUUCCGGGUGGCCAUCCAGCCCGUGAAUGACCACGCCCCUGUGCAGACCGUCAGCCGCGUCUUCCACGUGGCCCGCGGUGGGCAGCGGCUGCUGACCACCGAUGACAUGGCCUUCAGCGAUGCUGACUCCGGCUUUGCUGAUGCUCAGCUGGUGCUGACCCGCAAGGACCUCCUCUUCGGCAGCAUCGUGGCUGUAGAUGAGCCCACUCGGCCCAUCUACCGCUUCACCCAGGAGGACCUCAGGAAGAGGCGGGUCCUGUUCGUGCACUCGGGAGCCGACCGCGGCUGGAUCCAGCUGCAGGUGUCCGACGGGCAGCACCAGGCCACAGCGCUGCUCGAAGUUCAGGCCUCAGAGCCCUACCUCCGUGUGGCCAACGGCUCCAGCCUUGUGGUCCCUCAAGGAGGCCAGGGCACCAUCGACACAGCUGUGCUCCACCUGGACACCAACCUAGAUAUCCGCGGUGGGGAUGAGGUCCACUACCAUGUCACAGCUGGCCCACGCUGGGGGCUGCUGCUCCGGGCUGGCCAGCCAGUCACAACCUUCUCCCAGCAGGACCUGCUGGAUGGGGCCAUUCUCUACAGCCACAACGGCAGCCUCAGCCCCCAUGAUACCCUGGGCUUCUCUGUGGAGGCAGGGCCUGUGCACACAGAUGCCGCCCUACAAGUGACCAUUGCCCUAGAGGGACCACUGGCCCCACUGCACCUGGUCCAGAACAAGAAGAUCUAUGUCUUCCAGGGGGAGGCGGCUGAGAUCAGAAGAGACCAGCUGGAGGCAGCCCAGGAGGCAGUGCCACCGGCAGACAUUGUGUUCUCAGUGAAGACCCCACCGAGCUCUGGCCACCUGGUGAUGUUGUCCCACGGCGCCACGGCGGCCGAGCUGCCCAGCCUGGACCCUGUGCACAGCUUCUCUCAGGAGGCGGUGGACGCGGGCAGGGUCCUGUACCUGCACUCCCGCCCUGAGGCCUGGAGUGAUGUCUUCUCCCUGGAUGUGUCCUCAGGCCUGGGUGCGCCCCUCGAGGGCAUCCACGUGGAGCUGGAGGUGCUGCCCGCUGCCAUCCCACUGGAGGCGCUGAACUUCAGCGUCCCCGAGGGCGGCACCCGCACGCUGGCCCCUCCACUGCUCCGCAUCACUGGGCCCUACUUCCCCACGCUGCCGGGCCUUGACCUGCAGGUGCUGGAGCCACCCCAGCAUGGGGUCCUGAAGAGAGAGGAAGGACCUCAAGACAGGACCCUCAGCACCUUCUCCUGGAGAGAGGUGGAACAGCAGCUGAUUCUCUAUGUGCAUGACGGGAGCGAGACGCUGGCAGACAGUUUCGUCCUAGUGGCUAAUGCCUCAGAGAUGGACCGCCAGAGCCGUCCCGUGACCUUCACCAUCACCAUCCUGCCUGUCAACGACCAACCCCCCAUCCUCACCACAAACACAGGCCUGCAGAUGUGGGAGGGGGCCACUGUGCCCAUCCCUCCGGAGGCCCUUAGGGGCACAGACAGCGACUCAGGCCCCGAGGACCUGGUCUACACCCUUGAGGAGCCCAGCAACGGACAGGUGGUGCUGCGGACAGCGCCGGGCGCCGAGGUCCACAGCUUCACCCAGGCCCAGCUUGACGGCGGGCUCGUGCUGUUCUCACACAGAGGAGCCCCAGACGGAGGCUUCCGCUUCAUCCUAUCUGAUGGCGAGCAUACUUCCACUGGACACUUCUUCCGGGUGACGGCCCAGAAGCAGCUGCUCCUCUCACUGGAGGGCAGCCGGAUGCUGACCAUCUGCCCAGGGUCCAUCCAGCCACUCAGCAGCCAGAGCUUGAGAGCCAGUUCCAGCACAGGCAUCGACCCCCACCACCUGUUCUACCGUGUGGUACGGGGGCCCCGGCUUGGCCGGCUAUUCCACACCCAGCAGGGCAGCACCGGGGAGGCCCUGGAGAAUUUCACUCAGGCAGAGGUAUAUGCUGGGAAUGUUCUGUAUGAGCACGAGAUGCCCCCCGAGCCCUUCUGGGAGGCCCAUGACGCCCUGGUGCUCCAGCUGUCCUCACCACCUGCCCCUGACAUGGCCGCCACCCUUGCUGUGACUGUGUCUUUUGAAGCUACCUGUCCCCAGCGCGCCAGCCGCCUCUGGAAGAACAAAGGUCUCUGGGUCUCGGAAGGCCAGCGGGCCGAAAUCACCACAGCCGCCCUCGAUGCCUCCAACUUCCUGGCCAGCGUUCCGGCCCCCCGGCGCUCGGAGCACGAUGUGCUCUUCCAGGUCACACAGUUCCCCCAGCGGGGCCAGCUGUGGGUGUCCGAGGAGCCCCUCCACAUCGGGCGGCCCCACUUCCUGCAGUCUGAGCUGGCCGCAGGACAGCUUGUAUACUCCCACGGCGGCGGGGGCACCCAGCAGGACGGCUUCCACUUCCGUGCCCACCUCCAGGGGCCCGCGGGGGCCUCCGUGGCGGGACCCCAAACCUCAGAGGCUUUCGCCAUCACGGUGCGGGAUGUGAAUGAGCGGCCGCCGCAGCCGCAGACCUCCAUCCCGCUCCGGCUCACCCGGGGCUCCCGCAGCCCCGUCUCCCGGGCCCAGCUGAGCGUGGUGGACCCAGACUCGGCUCCGGGGGAGAUCGAGUACCAGGUGCAGCGGGCCCCCCACAAUGGCUUCCUGAGCCUGGCAGGGGCCAGCCCGGGGCCUGUGACCUGCUUCACUCAGGCCGACGUGGAUGCAGGGCGGCUGGCCUUUGUGGCCAAUGGGAGCAGCGUGGCGGGCAUCUUCCAGCUGAGUGUGUCUGAUGGGGCCAGCCCUCCCCUGCCCAUGUCCCUGGCCGUGGACGUCUUGCCCUCGGCCAUUGAGGUGCAGCUGCGGGCACCCCUAGAGGUGCCCCAAGCUUCAGGGCGCGCCUCCCUGAGCCGGCAGCAGCUCCGGGUGGUUUCCGAUCGGGAGGAGGCAGACGCAGCCUACCGCCUCACCCAGGGGCCCCGGCAUGGGCAUCUCCUGGUGCACGGGCAGCCUGCCACAGCCUUCAGCCAGUUCCAGGUAGACCAGGGCGAAGUGGUCUUUGCUUUCACCAGCUUCUCCUCCUCUCACGACCAAUUCAGCAUCCUGGCACUGGCCAGGGGUGCCAACGCAUCCGCCACGGUGAAUGUCACCGUGAGGGCUCUGCUGCAUGUGUGGACAGGGGGGCCGUGGCCCCAGGGUGCCACCCUACGCCUGGACCCCACUGUCUUAGAUGCGGGCGAGCUGGCCAACCGCACAGGCAGUGUGCCGCGUUUCCGGCUCCUGGCGGGACCCCGGCACGGCCGCGUGGUCCGCGUGCCCCGGACCAGGACAGAGCCCAGGGGCGGCCAGCUUGUGGAGCAGUUCACCCAGCAGGACCUUGAGGACGGGAGGCUGGGGCUGGAGGUGGGCAGGCCGGAGGGUAGCUCUCCUGGACCUGCCGGCGACAGUCUCACUCUGGAGCUGUGGGCCAGGGGUGUCCCUCCUGCCGUGGCCUCACUGGACUUUGCCACGGAGCCUUACAACGCAGCCCGGCCCUACAGAGUGGCCCUGCUCAGUCUGCCUGCUCGGACAGAAGCAGGGGAGCCAGGGAGCAGCGCCCCCACUGGUGAGCCAGGCCUGGCGGCCUCCAGCCCCACGCCCACCGCGGCCAGGGGGCGCUUCCUGGGCUUUCUCGAGGCCAACAUGUUCAGCAUCAUCGUCCCUGUGUGCCUGGUCCUCCUGCUCCUGGCGCUCAUCGUGCCUCUGCUCUUCUACCUCCGCAAACGCAACAAGAUGGGCAAGCACAACGUCCAGGUGCUGGCUGCCAAGCCCCGAAAUGGCCUGGCGGGCGACACGGAGACCUUCCGCAAGGCGGAGCCGGGCCAGGCCAUCCCCCUCACAGCGGCGCCUGGCCAGGGGGCCCCGCCGGGGGGGCAGCCUGACCCAGAGCUGCUGCAGUUCUGCCGGACAUCCAACCCUGCCCUCAAGAACGGCCAGUACUGGGUGUGAGGCCUGGCCUGGGCCCAGAUGCUGAUGGGGCCAGAGACAGGCUUGCUCAGGCCCCGGCCCCAGAGAGCCCUGGGGACACCAGGGGUGGAGGGUGCUGAGAGGAAGCCCCAGGGGUCCGGGACCAAGUGGAGUCAAGAGCUGCAACCUCCCCAGCUCACUCUGAGCCAGGAGAACUGCAAGGGGCCGAGGGCAGAGGCAGGCUUGGAGUCAGUCCCCUGCCCUGGAGCUAGUGUGGGCUGUCAAAACCAGAGCCACUUCCUAGAUGGUCAGGACUCUGGGUCCUGGGUCUGUGACCUUGGGUAAGUCACACCUGACCCAGGCUGCUAAGAAGGCAAGGAGAAGAAAGGGAAGGGAGGGACAGAUGGGGAUUCCUGGCUUUUCCGCUCCAAGCCAGGCCUCCCCUCAUCUCUGCCCCAGGACUGAGAGGAAAACUUUUUCCCUUGGUUUUUUAGGGAGAUGGUAUUUCCUGGAGCAGAGGGCAGGAGGAGAGAGUCCUCCCACUCUCUAGAAGGCAUAAGCCAGUGGAGUAAUGUAUCCAGGGUGUAAGGUGGGGGGGUUGCUCUGGGAUGGGUUUAUUUAAGGGGCAUUGCAAGGAAGCUAUUUAGCAAGGUGCUGAGCUAGCCCAGACUGCUGGAGCCCCUGGGGUGAGGAAUAGAGGAGGGUCUGAGGCCAGCUCAUUCCCAGGGCCCCGCCUUGAUGGGCUGAUGGCUAGACAAGCAUGGGUCUGUGGCCCCAGAGUGGGCUGGGCUGGGGAGCGGGCAGGGUCUCAGGCCAUGGGCCCCCGCGGUGCCUGUGCUCCCCUGAGGACUGGGGCGGGUACUUGGGGACACUCGGCUCCAUGGGGCCUGGAUAAACGGUGCUUCUGGAUAAGA